AUGACUACUUUAGUUCAAUUGCUAGCUAACUACUACAAAUCAGUUGUCGAAAGUGAACGUAUUUAUUAUGAAAAUGUUAUAAGGAAGUCUGUCACCUCCGAUACUUCUGACAAGGAAUUGCGAGAACCCUCUCCCCGAAUGCUGCAAGAAAUGCUGCUUUUACAACGCCAAAUAGGUCAAUUGACUGUGGAAAUUCAGGUAUUACGAAAAGAAAACGAUACUUUGAAGGAACUACAAAAGACACAGAGGGCAUUGAUGGAGUCGAAGCUCAAUAAUUGCAAAAAAACGAUUGAAAAACUGAAAAAAAAUGGUAAAGAUGAGCUGAGUGAGCAAAGAAACUCCAAUUUACAAGAAAGAGACCGAGCGAAUUUCCAUCUUUUAUCCCCUCUAAAUGUCAGGACGUUGGAUGGCGUCUCAACACAAAAUCAUUAUGCCAAUUCCAACGGUAGACCUACAAGUCUGCGACAUGUCAUUACAAAUAAGCAACAGACGCUAUUUGAUGGCGAUGAUAGUCGGGAAAAUUUAAGUGCAGACAGACUCGAGGAUGUGGCAUUUGUCAAUUCUCUUAAAAACCGGGGAGAGUUGGCAAAAAUAGUGCUACCAAGUGACGGCCUAUCUGUGAACGAUGAUUCAGUGGCGAAAUCAACUUCAACGUCUCUACAGAGUUUAAGUGGCAGACAACUGGGCAACAAGAAGAAGAGGUUAGCGAGAAAACGUAUUAAAACUGGUGAUAGUGAAUCUGAUGAUGAAGACGUGAUCAAACACCCACUGGUGUAA